UUUAUAAACUAAAUUAAACUAAGCUGUGUAUAUGACACCAUUUUGUCUUCUUGUGACACCAUUUUGUCUUCUUGUGACACCAUUUUGUCUUCUUGUUUGCUCUUUUUUUGGCACGAGCUUACAGAACUUUGCGCAACAGGAGUCUCGGAAAGUUUUCACGCCCCCGGAAGAUGCCUCGUGGGAGGCGGCGUGAGAGAAGAGGCGACACGGGAAACCCAUGACUUCCGUGUUUUUUCCUUUUCAGGGUGAAGCAGGAGAGCCGCUAUAAAAGAGUAUAAAAAGACCCGGCUCGGUAGCAUUCUCCUCAAGCAUUUGACCCGGACUGGACUGGACUGUGUGGUGCCGAGAGCCGUUUUUCCGUCAAGGUGGACUUGUUCCUCAGUUGUCCCCAUGUGCGCAUUAUUGGGACAUCGAGCUAAAGACAUGGACAUGGAAUGUCCGGAGAAGAAAUACCGUGGCCGUAGACAGUGUGUGGAUGCGUGCAUGAUGGUGUCCAUCCUGGUCCUGUAUGCGGCCUUUGCUGCUUUGUUGACAGUUUGUGUCACGGUGCUGAUGGAGCAGCGCUCCAAAAUGAACUCAUCUACACAGCAAUUUCAAUUUGGAUCCACGGGACACGCACAGAACCCAGCAUAUAAGAUGCAGAACUUUGCUUUCUUGGAGGCCGUCUCAAGCAAGUUGGUGAACUCCACCAUGCAAUGGGCUCCAGUCCAUUACGGUACCGGGAUGUCUGUCGGAAGCAACUUCCACUUUGACUCCAGUCAACAUUCCCUAAGGCCUCAACGUGAAGGGACUUACUUUCUGUACCUGGACCUCAACCUGACCUGUACUUGCGCCUUUGGGCGCCACUGCAGCGCGGGCCGCCUCAGCGUUCAGGUGGGCGACAAGCUGAGCUGCCAAGUGGAGCUUCCGGAAGGGUCGAUGCCUGAGAGUAAAAGAUGCUGGACAGUGAGUUGGAUGGAUAGCGACACCCGGUUGCUCACUCACAUGAGUGUGCCGAAGAACGGACUGCAGAACUGGAAGCUGGAGCUCAGUGGUUCCAACUUGGGCAUGUUCCUUGUGGACUAAUGUUUCAGAACUCAGCAAGAGCAUCGGAUCAAAGACUUGGUGCUUUGUGGAGGUUACCUGAAAGAAGAGAAGAUGCAAUCAGGAUCACGCUAAAUUAUUCCAAACUAGACACUGAGUGUCUUUUUUGUAAUAAUGUGCAUAUUUAUUGAACAACAUGGGACUAUUUAUGUAUGUCAUAUACGUAUAUGUAUAGUCUCAUUCCAUGUCGAUAACACUACAUUAGUGUUGAUGUGCAAUAUGCUUCAAGUUUAAUUUGAGUUGAAUGUGACUUUGUGUUUUUUUUGUUUUCAUUUUAUAAAUGGAUACAUUAAUACAAGUUCUCAUCUCGAUUCACUGACUUCGCAGUCAAGAUAAGGUUACAGCGACGGAGAAAAACAAGCAAAGAAAGGAGAAGCUGUCUGUUGUGAUGCCGACAUAGAGUGUACAGUAAAUAACUACAGUAAACCUCGGAUAUAUCGGAUUCAAUUGUUCCCACUGGUUUUGUCCGAUAUAAGCGAAAUCCGUUAUAUGCGUAUACCGGAAAAUGUCCGUUUUACGCAUAUAUCGGAUUUAUAUCCGGUAUAUGCGUAAAUCGGAUUUUAUCCGUUAUAAAAAGGCACUUCCUUGACUAUGUUUCCAAUGUACCUGGACUGGGCAAUGAAAAGAGACGUAAGGUAAUGAGAAUUUAACUUUAUUGGACUCUGAGCAUAACAAAUUGUUAAUUAAGCUAGGCCCUGUUACGCCCGUCAGGCCUACGUUAUUUCCAAUAGUGAGGUUAAGAUCUCAUUCACUGCUGUGCUAGUAUUAUUGACGUCACUCACUUUUAUAUUUGUCCUAAAUCUGGAGCCAGGAGAAAGACAAUAGCCAGUGACAUCAACAAGAUUAGCAUAACGAUGCGGCCAUCCGAUAUAUGCCAGGGAAAUUUAAUGGAAAUGCAUUGGAACGGGACUGGAGAUUUUGUCCGAAAUAGGCGAAAUCCGUUAUUAAAAAUCCGAUAUAUGCAAUGAAGUUUUAUUGGAAAUGCAUUACAGAAAAAUCGUUUCUUUUUUAUCUGUCCAUUGUGAGCGAAUUUCCGAUAUAUCCGAGUCCGAUAUAUCCGAGGUUUACUGUAAUAUAUUUUAUUGUAUAGUUUACAAAAUAAGCCGACACACUGCACUUGGAUCCCUGCAAAACUACUCCAGUGGAAAACAGUAAAAAGCAAAACACAGAGUUGAUGAUUAAUAUUUCCUUAUCAACGCCCUGCAGUUGCAGUCUGCUAGAGAGUGGAAGUCGCUGACUUUUACAAUGACGUAAUGAAUGAAUCAACAUCAACCAAACUCAUCCACUGUACUGCAAGGUGUGGAAUUGAAAGCAUGCAAUUUUUUUUAGAAUGUAAGUCCAAUGGACAAAUUACA